GAAAUCCGGAACCAUUUGUGCAGCUGACUUUUCUUUAACGAAUGUUUUUCAUGUAACACACGUUUUGGAAGAUGGCGGCCUCCGUUGAAAAGCCACAUGUAGAGAUUGAACUAGACUCAGAAGAUGACAUGACUGAGAACAGCGAGAAUGAUGACAGAAGUGAAGACGAGGAAUCAGCUGAUGGAGGUGAUGAAGAAGGGUCAGGAGAGGAUGAAGGUGAGGAAGGGGAGUCAGAUGACGGGGGUGAUGAAGAACCAGGUGAAGACGAGAGAGCAGCUGAUGGAGGGAACAAGGGAGAACAGGAAGAGAAUGAAAAAGAGCAAAAUGAAGAGGAUGAGACGAAUCCCAAUGCCGGCUGGGCAGAUGUCAUGGCCAAAAUCCUGGGUAAGAAAACACCUGAGGACAAAAGCUGCAUCUUGCUAAGAAACAAACAGCGGGACAAGCUCAAUGCAAAGGAGAAGAAAGAAAAACUGGAGAAAAAGAAGCAGGCAGAUAAAAGGAGAGCUUGGGAGAUGAUGUGUCGGGUAAAGCCAGAUGUAGUGCAGGAUAAAGAGAAGGAGAGAAACCUACAGAGAAUUGCUACCAGGGGUGUAGUGCAGUUGUUUAAUGCAGUCCGUCAACACCAGAAGAACGUAGAUGAAAAGAUGAAGGAGGUUGGGGGAUCUGAGAGGAAGAAGGCAAAGGUCCUCUCUUCAAUAUCAAAGAAAGACUUCAUUGAUGUGUUGAGAGGAUCUUCUGGGUGUAAUACAGCAGCCGUAAAGACUGAAAAAUCAGCGUCUGAAGAGCAGAAAGCAGAGAAGCCAGCCUGGAGUGUCCUGAGGGAUGAUUUCAUGAUGGGCUCGUCCAUGAAGGACUGGGAUAAGGAGAGCGAUCCAGAGGAAAGACCGAAGAAGCCAGAAGGUGCAGAAGAUUUCAGCAGUGACUCAGACUGAGAUAAACACCAUUUAAAUGUGUGUUUGUUCAUGUGGGAACACACAUCCAGUCAUGCAAUCUCACGUGUGCAGCAGACGGACCGCAAUUCGCAGACCCUGCUUUAAAGGGAUUCUGUUACCCAGAGUUCUGAGUAUUUCUGUGUAACUGUAUAGCUGAGAUUGGAUCAGGCAGAUGCUUAUGUGUGUGAUUCUCUUUUUGGACAAGAAAUUCUGAUGUAUAUCAACACUUCAGAGAAUAGUUUACUCGACCCAGAGAAAUGUAUAAAGCCUCUACAUUAACAAUGUAUAUAGUUCUUUAUUAUAAUAGGCCAUAUUAUAGGAAUAAAAUGAACUUUUACAUUUA